UGUGUGUGUGUGUGUGUGUGUGUGUGUGUGUGUGUUGUCUCUGUAUCUCUGUUAAGAUUCUGCAGCUGUUAUUUUGUUUUUAGAGGCCCACCCAAAAAAACAGUCGCAACCCUCCAUCUAUUUGACCGUUGGAGAUUGGCUUGGCACCUCCAACGGUCCUCCAUCAGAGACACGCCCUGUCUCUGAUGCUAUGUCAUAGCAUAGCACCGUCCUUCUGUCUGGUGGGGAAUCGUGAGCCCAUUUCAAAGCGUGCAUUCUGUCACGGUUUAACGCCAUUGCUUGGCCGAUACCAAACCGCGACUGCUGCGAAGCCAUCUCGCCUGUGUUUCAGAAUAAAAGCCCUCUCUUGGAGGGAAUCUAUGGCCAUCAACAGGAGAAAUGACCUUUUCUUCAACAUUCGUUGCACAUUUUCUUCCCAAACCGAUUUUAAGUCUGGCUCAAUAUUACCCCCCGCGGCCCCUCAUUCAUGGGGCGCAGCGCCGGCCCAGAGGGGGAAGAAGGCAUUCUCUUUAUGGGGAAUGGAUAUUGAUUUUCGCACUUGCCCUGUUCCAAAAAAAACCCCAUCUCUCUCUUUCGCGAUGCUCGGUGAGACCACUAUUAGUGCAGAGAGAAGACCCAGUAAUCACCCCAGACACCACAGCAUCGCUUUAAUGGGACGUAGUUUCAGGGCCUGGAGGGUUCUACUCAGGUUGCUUCUGGGAGUGAAGAGUAAAAAUGAAGAAUUAUGACCAUGAAUCUUUGAAGAGAGAGCUUCCUUUGGUAGUGUCAGUAAACACGACCAAUGCUGAUAUUCCUCUGGCUGGCAUGCUGUUGUUAAAGUCACAACUUCGAAAUGAAAUGCACUUAAAAAGGAGAUCUUCUUCCAUUAAACGUCACUUUGGUUCUUCUUGAGCAGGGGGGUAUGGUUAGAGCCCUUGAGGCCGGGCCAUCUGUGUUUGAGGGCUGGGUCUCAGCGGGCCGCAGUGUGUUCCUGUCACAUGGCUGGAUGGACAGCAUCACCAGGCCGUGACAGCUGACACACGCAGACAAUGGAGGGCCCUCGUUGAGACUGGAGGGCCCGCUGUAAUCACAGCGCCUUUAAAACCCUCCGCCCGGGGUGCUGCUCUGUUGGCACGGCGCGGCGGAGGCAGUACAGACGGUCCCACCUCAACACGUAGCGUACAGGACGCGCAACCGCGGGAAUAAGAACAGACGCAGACACCGAGUUACCUGCACAUACUUGAUGGAUAGAGAGGGCGAGCUUCAGGCCUGAUCUAGAGAGCAGAACCACUGGGGGACUCAACGAGAAGGUGAUUAUCUGGGGGUGUGUGAGGAGGGUUCAGGGCGGCGUGGAGCUGAGCGGUAGGAGCGAUGUACGGGCUACUGUGUGAGAGUCUCCACGACUUCAUCAAGGAGUCCUACGGGGACGACGUCUGGAAGCUGGUCCGGGAGCGGGCCGACGUCCGGCUGCACUCCUUCGUCACCCAUCAGGUGUACAGUGAGAGUGUCAUCCCCCGCAUUGCCAAGGCGGCCAGCGGGGUGACCGGGACCCCCUACAACGAGCUGAUGAACUCCUGGGGCGUGUACUUCCUGGGGUUCGUAGGGAAGUACGGCUAUGACAGGAUCCUCAAGGUGCUAGGCCGUCACGUGCGUGACUUCGUCAACGGCCUGGACAACCUGCACGAGUACCUGCGCUUCAGCUACCCCAAGGUCCAGCCCCCCACCUUCUUCUGCCAGGAGGAGUCGGCCACCGGCGUCACCCUCCACUACAGGAGCAAGCGUAAGGGCUACCUACACUACGCCAUGGGUCAGCUGCGGCAGAUGGGGAAGCAAUUCUACGACACGGACAUCCACGUGGAGGUGCUCUCUGAGCAGCUGGUGGGAGACUACUCCCACGUCACCAUGAGGCUGAACUUCGACAACUCGGCCUACCGCUACAUCAUGAAGGAGGACGAGGAGGAGCAGGAGAUCCUGCCCAUCACCUCUGACUUCUUCUUUGAAGUCUUCCCCUUCAACAUCGUCUUCAGACAGGACAUGGUGGUACACAACGUGGGCUCAGGUCUGGCCACAGUCUUCCCUGACCUGGACGGGAAGAAGAUCAACGAUGCCUUCCUGCUCGCUCGCCCUCUAGUGGAGCUGGCCUGGAACAAUAUCAUCUCACACCCCAACAACCUGUUUGAGAUCAUGUCCAAGGAGCCCGUGAAGAGGGAGAGGAACCUUCACAACAGAGUCCAGAACUCCGACUGCGAGAACGCCAACCGCCUGGCCGACGUGGACGUGGAGCUGAUGGCCUUCCAGUCCAUCAUCGGAGACGACUACAAAGACGGGAACAGUGCCAACGUGAUGGAGAGCUGGGGUGACGGAACCCGCUGCCUCAAGCUGAAGGGACAGAUGAGAUACAUGCCGGAGUGGGAGUCCAUCAUCUUCCUGGGGACCCCCGUGAUGGAGAGUCUGAGUGCCAUGUUUAAGACAGGUCUGUAUAUUAAUGACCUGAGCAUGCACGACUCCAGCAGAGACCUGGUGCUGGCAGGCACGCAACAGUCUGAGGAGCUCAAACGAGCUCUCAUACAGGAGCAGAAGAAGUCCAGUAAGCUGGAGGAGAGCAUGAAGAUGCUGGACUACGAGAUGAAGAAAACCGACGACCUCCUGUACCGGAUGAUCCCCAAGCCCGUCGCCAAGAGGCUGCGCAAGGGAGAGCCCGCCGUCAACACGUGUGAGGUGUUCCCCGAUGUGACCAUCCUGUUCAGCGACGUGGUGGGAUUCACUCGCAUCUGCAGCCACAUCACGCCCAUGCAGGUGGUGUCCAUGCUGAACACCAUGUACACGCUGUUCGACACGCUCAGUGAGAAGCACCGCGUCUUCAAGGUGGAGACCAUCGGGGACGCCUACAUGGUGGUGGCCGGGACCCCGGAGAAGACCAAGUACCACGCCCACAACAUCUGUGACAUGGCCCUGGACAUGGUCCGCUCCAUAGACCACCUCAAGGACCCCUCCAACGGCAACAACAUACAGAUCCGCGUCGGGAUCCAUUCUGGGAUGGUGGUGGCGGGGGUGGUGGGCCACAAGAUGCCUCGCUACGGUCUCCACGGCGACACGGUCCACACGGCCUCAGCCAUGGAGAGCAACGGCAAGGAGAUGCACAUCCAACUCAGCAGCGCCACCUACGAGCACCUCAAGGGAAGCCACUUCAUCUUCGAGAGGAGGGGCACCAUCACCAUCAAGGGCAACGUGGAGAUCGAGACCUACUGGCUGAACGGGAAGCGAGACAAGGACGGGAACGCCCAGGCCGCGUGCCCCCAGUUCGAGACCCGGACCAUCGACAAGUCCAUCAACAAGGCCGCCAACCCGGGCUCCGAGGCCCCAGGGGAGGACAAGGGCCAGGUCUUCCCACUGGCCCCGGGAGACAACGAGGAUGAAGUCAAGUCCAUCCCCUCCCACCGUAUCAAGAUGGAGAUAUCAGGCCACUCGCUGGAGCGGCCCCUAGAGAAGGGCCGACUGGAGGAGCUGUCUGUCCAGAAGUCCCACUACCAAGACAACCUUCAGGACGGCCUCCGCUCCCACCUGAAGAUGAACUCCCCCGACGGCUCCCACGACUCCCACAGCUCAGAGAAGAGCACCAUGUGCUCCGUCUCGUAGACCAGACGCUAGCCGCUAGCCGCUAGCCAACGCUAUAGCCCAUGUGGUUGAAAUGAGAAUCAUGUUGGGGAUGUUUCUUUGUUGUUGCGUGCCAAUCUCCCUUCUUUACUUUUCCAUUUAGCCAUACAACUCCCCCCGACGGCAAGGCUAACAGUUUGGUCUGGACUUUCCAUAUGCUGCUCUUGCGCUUCUUCCCAUUCCCAAACAUUCAGGAAUAAGCACACAAUGUUGCUAUAAUACGAUAUUUAUGAAUGGACAGAGUUGGUGUGAGGUUUCUGAUAAAGAGCCAGUGAACCAUUUCACUGUUUCAGCUGGAAGUCGAACAGUGUGAGAUUUAAACAUGAAGAAAAGCGUUUUGGGUUGCGAGUUUUAGCACAGUGUUUUAUCCCCAUGGUUACGACCCACGCCAACUUUGUGAUGCUUUUUUAGUAACGUUGUUUUGUAUGAUGUGUUAUAAUGAGUGACGUUGAAUAUGUAACGCGCCACACACCGUAGCGUUAUACUAAAGGUGACCAGGAACCCUCACCCUCACUCGGACACCAACAUUAAAUACAUCGCUGCUCAGAUGGAGCCUCUUCGUUAUCCUGUAACUAACCCAGAAUGCUUAACUUAACUAGGGUUAGGGUUACUAACCCUUAACUUCCUCUCACCGCCGCAGUCAACUGCUGCCAAGACAGAGCUCCACACACACACACACACACACACACACACACACACACACACACACACACACACACACACACACACACACACACACACACACACACACACACACACACACACACACACACACACACACCGCCCAGGCAGAGCUCCACACGUCCUCACACACCUUGGUCUUGACAUCUCAGAAAAGGCACUCAGACAUCAAGUAAAGAUCGCCUCCUGCGCUCACAGCAGAGUGGAACGGUCACAUAGUGUUUUCGGGAGAAUGGCAUCAACAUAGGAUUUUACGCCUUUCUCUAAAUGACAGGUUAAUUUUCAGUAACGGUGAUGAAAUGAAAUAGAUAACCUUGACGAUCAUAUAAGCCAUAUUACCACGUUUGGGUUCUUUAAGUUAGUCUUUUGGGUUGAUACAUCAUACCAACUUCUUUAGUCCUAAAGUGUUCACUGCCAUUAAGUUCAACUGGACACUAGCUCCAACAGGCCUACCCAGAAAUAAAAUAGCUUCGCUCUGCAUGUUCAUUUAUUGCAUUGCCACUGUGCCUUGUUCAUCUGAUAUUGUUUCAUUUCAGUGUCACUGUUGAUUCUUCUAUAGCUUACCCUCCUUUUCUAAUUGACCGUCCCUGGCCCAUUUGAUCCUUGUUGUGCAUUCCUCUAGCUAUGUGAAGCAGGUAGAUGCUCUACUCUGUGCUUUAAAUUGGAUUUGGGAAUAAAGCAAGCCACCAGCUGG